AUUCGCUAUGAAUAUUUUCUCUCGCCUUUUGUCUAAGCCUCAUCUCUUUCUCUCUCUGCGUUCUCAGAGCCCAAGGCGCUUUGCUUCUCCUAAGCCAUGGCGAGGUCUUCUCUAUAACCUAUUCUCUCUCUUCUUAACAAUAAAAAACAUAUUCUCUCUCUAUUCCUAUAAAUCUUUCUCUCUCUUAAAAUCUCGCUCUCUCUCGUCGUUAGAUAGGGCAUCUUCUUGGUGUGGAUCAGAGGCGACGAAGUCCAAAAAUCUCCUUCUUCUUUUCUCACGCCAAACCAGUAAGCUCUCAGAUCUAGCCUUCUCUCUCUUGGCAUUAAAAUUAGGGUUUUUGCCUCUCUCUCUUCAUUGACAUGCAUGCUUUCGUUUUCCUAUAAGAUUUUCAAAUUAUUUAUACCACCAAUCUUCCCCUUUUCUGGUUAGAGGUUCAGGACCUUUGACAAUCUAGGGUUUCUUUAAUUUCUUUCUCUAUUCACCGUUUUCUCUCUGUUCUUUCAAUGUCUGACUUCAUUUUCCGAUGAGAUUGCCAUGAAUUACUCAUUUAUACCACCAUUGUUCCCCUUUCUGGUUUUAGUUUAUAAGUUAAGGCCCUUUUAGCUACCUAUUGAUCCUGGGAAAACGAGGGUUUUUGCGACUUGAUCAUCGUUUCCCCUUCUCUCUCUGUCUCUCUCUUUGCAUCCAUGCCUUCCUUUUCCUAUCAUAUUUCUAGAAGUUGUUUAUACCUAGAAUCUGCUCCUUUCAGGUUCUGGUUUGUUAAGGUCCUUUAAUCCUCUAUUGGUCAUUUGAGAUUUUAGGUUUCGCAUUGCAUGGCAAAAGGAAUGAUGUGUGGAAGCCCUAACCCUAGUGAAAGGGAGCAGUUCUUUGAGCGUUUUGUUAUUGGUACAAGCCCUCGAAGUGGCCUGAAACGUGAAUAUGAAUUCGCCAGAAGGGUUCAAUCGGAGAUUUCUGCUUCUCUUGGCAAAAGGCGGGGAUCUACAAAAGAUGAUUCAGGCCAAAGCCCUAUCAAGGAACCUAACAAUAAGGGAAAUUAUAGUUCUAAAGAUGGUUCAGACCAAAGCCCUAUCAAGGAACCUAACGACAAGGGCAAUAAUAGUUCACAGGAAAUUGGCCAAGCUUCUUUAAUAGGGAAUGCGUCAACAGAGCAUGAGGUAGAAAUUCUUGGUGCUUCUCCUCCUCAAACUCUUAGAAAGAGAAUCACUCGUUCAAUUUCUCGUGCGAAUGCUGCUGCCUUCUCUUUGCCUGAAAUAUCCUCUCUCGAAAUGAAGAUUGAAGGCCCUGAAGGCAUUCAGGUUUUCAAGAGAAGAAGAUGGACUCGGGAACAGGGAAACAAGGGAUUUGAGGGAAAACUGAUUGACGAUUCAAUGAAUAAAUUAAUGAAUAGUGAACGAAAAGAAUCAUUGGAAUCAGAGAGCAAUCUGUUAGAAGGCUGCAAAGAUAAACCAACACAGAUGGAAUUGAUUGGGGAACCUGUUUGUUGCUCUCCGGUUAAUUCUUCAGCUAGUGAUAUGAAAGAAGUGGUAGGAACUCAAGAACCAGCAAGACCCAUUACUGAAGUUGGCGAUGUUGAUAAUGGGGAACCCCUAGUUGUGAAAUCUGAGAUUUGUGAAGAAGGGGUCGCUCGACAAAAUGAUGUUGGAAAGCGCGAACCAAAAUUUUUGAAGUCUGAGAUUUGUACAGAUGGGGUUCCUCAAGAAAAUGAUGUUUUAAAAUGCGAAACCCCUAUUUUGGAUUCUGAAAUUUGUGAAGGGGUUUCUGGAAAGAAUGAUAUUGAAAAGACGCAACCUGCAACUUUGCUUUCUGAAUGUGAAGAUGGGAUUGCCCGAAGACAAAAUGAUGGUGAAAAGACCGAGCCUCAGAUUUUGAAUUCUAAGAUAUGUGAAGAUGUGGUUGCUCGACCAAAUGAUGUUGAAAAGUCCGAGACCUCAAUUUCAAAUUCUGAGAUUUUUGAAGAUGGAGUUUCUCGAGAAAAUGAUGUGGUUGCUUUUGAGACUAAAAAUUGUGUGGUACAACAAAGUGAAGGAGCUAUGGACUUGGACUCCGGUAUUCAGGGAGAAGAGGUUGAAAAUGUUUCAAGAACUCCUGCUAAUGAAUCAAAAAGUAUUAUUUUGUUGAAUGAUAGCAAAGACGAAGUGGGCACUAGCAUGGAUAGAGAGAUGUCUAGCGAUGCUCCUGGUUCUUCGACUAAAGCAAGCAGUUCAUUGAGAAGCUCGGCUAGAAAGAAGCUCGAGCUGAAGAUGUCUAAGAAGAUAGCCCUUACCAAGUUUCCCUCUAAUGCCAGGGAGUUGCUUGCAACUGGUUUGCUUGAAGGAUGCACUGUUCACUAUAUAUUUCGUGGGAAAGGGGAGCGGCUUCGUGGGACUAUUAAAGAAGGUGGAAUUUUGUGUUACUGUUCAUCGUGCAAUGGCAAUAAAAUUGUGAACUCUUUUCAAUUUGAGAUCCAUGCUGGUAGCUUACACAAGCGUUGCUCUGAGUUUAUCUUCUUGGACAAUGGUAAGUCUUUUCGUGAUGUAUUGAAAGAAAUUAGCUUCUCUCCAAGGGACAUGCUGGAAGUAACCAUUCAAAAUGCUAUUGGCUCAUCUUCCAGCUGCAAGGAGUUCCAAGUUCAUGCAUCGGGCCUAGGAUUGCCAACAACUAGCAAGAAGCAUUUUCCUUUGCGAAAAUCUCCAAGAAUUAAACCUGAGAUUCAGGUGAAUUUGAGUCCAUCCAAGCCUAUUAUGACGUCUGACACUCCUGAAAGUACCUCAAAGGAUAUCGUACUGCAAAAGAAAUGUAGGGGACGUCCAAAGCUGAUUAAAAGGGAUUUCGGUCUUCAUUUGUCUGAGGGUUCUGAAAGUACCGGAGAGGAUAUCGUGUGGCAAAAGCAACUUAAUGGACGGCCAAAACUGACUAAAAAGGAUUUUGGUUUUCAUGCGAUGUCUGAGAGUCCUGAAAGUAUUGCAAAGGAUAUCGUGCCGCAAAAGCAGCAUAACGGACGGCCAAAGCUGGCAAAAAAAAGUUUUGGUCUUCAUGAGAUGUCUGAGAGUCCUGAAAGUACUGCAAAGGAUGUCGUGCUGCAAAAGCAACAUAAUGGACGACCGAAGCUGACAAAAAAGGAUUUGGGUCUUCAUAAGUUGGUCUUUGAGCCGAAUGUGCUACCCAAUGGAGCGGAGCUAGCUUACUAUGCACAAGGAGAGCGGUUGCUCGAUGGUUAUAAGACAGAGAAUGGCAUUUUCUGUUUGUGUUGUCGAACUGAGGUCAGCCCUUCAACUUUUGAAGCACAUGCUGGAUGGGCUUCACGACGGAAACCCUACCUACACAUAUACACUUCCGAUGGAGUUUCCCUUCACUCACUUGCUGUUUCCUUGUCACGAGAUCGGAAAUUUUCUAAUGUUGAUAAUGAUGAUCUUUGCACAUUUUGUUGGGAUGGUGGCAACCUCCUACUCUGUGAUGGAUGCCCAAGAUCCUUUCAUCCAGACUGUGUGGGCUUGCCAUGCAUCCCCAGGGGUGAUUGGUACUGUGCCUAUUGUGAGAAGAACUCGUUGGACUGCAAGUCUAUAGAUCAGACAACUGAGCGUUGCAGACGAGUAGUGAAGACAGCUGCAACAGAAGUGGGUGGCUGUGUCUUGUGCAGGGCUCAUGAUUUUAACAAAACCGGCUUUGGUCCUCGGACUGUUAUUCUCUGUGACCAAUGUGAGAAGGAAUAUCAUGUUGGUUGUUUGAAGGAUCAUGGAAUGAGUGAUCUGAAGGAAUUGCCGAAAGGCGAAUGGUUCUGCUCUGCAGGUUGCAGUAGGAUUCGUGCUGCUUUGCAGAAGUUGAUUGUUCAUGGGGACGAGAGUCUUCCAACUUCGCUUACAGAUAUUAUAAAGAAGAAGCACAAAGAAAAAGGCCCAAGUACAGAAGGUCUUGGUGACAUUAGAUGGAGGCUUCUUAGUGGAAAAAUUGCUUCCUCUGAUAGCAGAGCAUUACUCUCUAAAGCUGUUGCUCUGUUUCAUGACUGCUUUGAUCCUAUCCUUGAGAUAACAACAGGCCGUGACUUGAUUCCAACUAUGGUCUUUGGAAGGAGCAUGAGAGACCAAGAGUUCAGCGGAAAUUAUUGUGCUGUGUUAACUGUAAACUCAUCAGUUGUAUCUGCUGGAAUUCUCAGAAUUUUUGGACAGGAAGUUGCCGAACUUCCCUUAGUUGCUACAAGUCUUGAUUGUCAAGGACAGGGGUACUUCCAGGCAUUAUUUUCGUGCAUUGAGAGAUUGCUGGGCUUCUUGAAUGUCAAGUAUAUUGUGCUUCCAGCUGCUGAUGAAGCUGAGUCUAUUUGGACAGAGAAAUUUGGGUUCACAAAGAUGAGUCAAGACCAGGUGUCUAGGUACACAAAGGAUCGCCAGAUGAUGGUCUUUCAAGGGACCUCAAUGCUUCAAAAAGCUGUUCCUAAGUGCCGUGUUAUACGGCGUGGUCCAAAUGGUAGCUGAGACAAGAUUCUUUUUGGUGGGCUUGAGUAGAGUGAAGCCUUGUCUACAUUCCUUUUUGUAGUACUGUCUUCAAAUAUUAAGUCAUGAAAAUGUACAGAAAAGAGAGAGAGAGAGAGAGAGAGAGAGAGAGAGAUGGCGGGGAGAGAGAGGGGUCUCUAUUUUUUUGUUGGUGUAAAGGUAAAGUGGGUCUCUCUGCCCGCACUUGUCAGAUUCGUUCUUUAGGCUGUCUUAUUUCGUAUCCAUAAACUAUGCAUGCGGGGGUCAUUUGUUCUGUCGAAUUUUGAACAGAGAUAUCAAUGGAAAAAUGGUGUUUCAAUCGCAAAUUUCAUUCAUGGUUU